AUGACCGAAGAAACAAUUUCAAACCCAACAAUUAAAAUUGAACCAAUCGAUUAUCCUCCAGUUAAACAAGAACUUGAUGAUUACGACAUUAUUCCAGAAACAUAUUUAGAAAACGAGGUAAUAUAUUUACAGCAAUUUUUAGAAUUAAACGAAAAAAUAGAACAAGAAACAAUUAACGAUCAAGAUGAAACAAGUUUCGACGAGGGGUCUUAUAUGGAAAACGAAGAAAUUUAUCAACAGCGAUUUAUAAAUUCUGAAGUCACUAUAGAUAAAGAAAUAAAGAAAGAAACAAUUGAUGAUCAAGAUGAAGCCCGUUUUGAUGAGUAUUCUUAUAUGGAAAACGAAGAAAUAUGUCUACAGCAAUUUUUAAAAUCUGAAGUUACAAUUGACGAAGAAAUUAAACAUGAACCAAUCGAUGAGCACAUUGCAGAUACUAGUAAGGACAAAAUAAAUUCAUAUAACAAACUUUACAUAUGUAAUGACGACGUCAGUAAGUCAAGUGAUUUAGUCGAUAAUACAAGUGAAUGCAAUAAAUCAUUUAAAAAAGUUUUAGGAAGACACCUUCAUGAAUGUGCAAAAUGCAAUAAAAGAUACACAACAAAACUUUCAUUAAAACAACAUGAAAGCGUUCAUACAGGACAACGUCCUUACAAAUGUGAAACAUGUAAUAAAGAAUUUUUAACCAAUGGUAAUCUAAUACGACAUAAAAUGUUUCAUAUGGGAGAACGACCACAUAAAUGCUUAAUAUGCAGUAAAGCAUUUGCAACACAAGGCUUAUUAAAAAAACAUCAAUUUGUUCAUACUAAAGAAAGCAAUUAUAAAUGUGGUGUAUGUAAAAAAACAUUUGCAACAAAACAAAAUUUAAGGCGGCAUGAAAUGAUCCACACUGGAGAACGUCCUCAUAAGUGUGCAUUAUGCAAUAAAACAUUCUCAAUAAAAGACAAAUUAAACAGACAUGUAAUGAUUCAUACUGGAGAACGACCACAUAAAUGCAAAAUGUGCAAUAAAGCAUUUACAACACAAAGCAAUUUAAAACAACAUGGAUUUAUCCAUACUCAAAAAAAGAAUCAUAAAUGUGCAGUAUGUAAAAAAACAUUUGCAUCAAAACUAUAUUUAAGUCGGCAUGAAAUGAUCCACACUGGUGAACGUCCUCAUAAGUGUGCAUUAUGCAAUAAAACAUUCUUAAAAAAAGAUAUAUUAAACAAACAUGUAAUGAUUCAUAGUGGAGAACGACAUAAAUGCAAAAUGUGCAAUAAAGCAUUUGCAACAAAAAGCUAUUUAAAACAACAUGAAUUUAUCCAUACUAAAGAAAGGAAUCAUAAAUGUGCAGUAUGUAAAAAAACAUUUGCAACAAAAAAAUAUUUAAGUCGGCAUGAAAUGAUCCACACUAGUGAACGUCCUAAUAAGUGUGCAUUAUGCAAUAAAACAUUUUUAAGAAAAGCCAGAUUAAACCAACAUUUAAUGAUUCAUACUGGAGAACGACCACAUAAAUGCAAAAUGUGCAAUAAAGCAUUUACAACACAAAGCCAUUUAAAACGACAUGAAUAUAUCCAUACUAAAGAAAAGAAUCAUAAAUGCGCAGUAUGUAAAAAAAUAUUUGCAUCAAAACUAUAUUUAAGUCGGCAUGAAUUGAUUCAUACUAGUUAA